AUGCCCACUAAUCGUGUUGGUGCCCCUGUUUUUUUUCUUACUCUGGAGCAUGAAUGGGUACUUGGAAAAGUUACCGCGUAUGAUCCACAUACCAAGACAUAUAGCUGCUCCUCAACUGAUCCAGUGUUUGUAACUGUUGAUAGCGUGCCGUACGAUCCCAAAAGGUUGUGGUUACCACAGCCAGAAGCUCUGAGUGAAGAUGUUGAUGACCUUCUCAAUCUCACAGAGCUUCAUGAGGCCUCACUGUUGUUCUGCUUAAGGAUGCGCUAUUUGCGAGAUGUUGUGUACACCAAUAUCGGGCCUAUCGUUGUAGCUUUGAAUCCCUUUAACUAUUCGAUCCCUUGGUAUGCUGAGCCGAAGAUGGAGAAUUACCUUGUAGAAGAUGUUAUAAUUGAAAAGAAUUUGCCUCAUUCAUGGGCAACGGCUCACAACACUUACUGGGAAAUGAGAGAGAACGGCCUUAAUCAGACCAUACUGAUCAGUGGCGAGAGUGGUGCAGGAAAAACGGAAUCGGCCAAGAUUGUACUGAGAUACCUUGGUGCGUUGAGUCGUAAAAAUGGCACGCCUCAAGAUCGGGAGAGUUAUCUACAGGUAAACAAGCGUGUUCUAGCUGCCUCGCCUAUUCUUGAGAGUUUUGGAAAUGCAAAGACAGUUAAAAACGAUAACAGUUCACGGUUUGGGAAAUUUUCCAAGGUUCAAUUUGACAAGAAUGGUUUACUGGUAGGAUGCCAUGUGACAAAGUACUUAUUGGAAAAGUCAAGAAUAAUAAUGGCGGCGGCAGGAGAACGUGUUUACCACUCGUAUUACCAACUGGCACAAGGACCUUUGGCAAAUGAGUUUUCAUUGAGGAACCCAAAAGUUUACCGUGUUCUUAACGCAGGGGGAUGCAUUCAUAUUGACGGUGUAGACGAUGCCAAGGAGUAUUUGGUUACAAAACAAGCUAUGAACGAUGUGGGUAUAACUGAGGAGGAGCAAAUGUCUAUUUGGCGGAUUGUAGCUGGAGUGCUUUUUCUACAGAAUACAGAUUUUAUCGAGACAGAGGAGUGUGCUGGGCGAGUUGCAAAGAUUGACUCUAACCUCCUGCCCGUCUUGGCACGCGCAUGUGAACUCUGGGACAUAAAUGAUAAAGAGUUCAAGAAGGAACUGGUGUCCACUUACAUUAUGACACAGAGAGAAGAAACAGUGAAGUAUUUUAAUAAGGUGAAGGCAUUGGAUACGAGAGACUCUGUUUGUAAAAGCCUGUAUGAUUGGUUAUUUGACUGGCUUGUAGUAAAAAUUAAUCAGACUACCAAUCGUGAUGCAGUCACAACUCAAUGGAUAGGGCUUCUUGAUAUUUUUGGCUUUGAGGACUUUCAAAAAAACAGUUUUGAACAGUUGUGCAUCAACCUUGCCAAUGAGGUUCUUCAGGGUCACUACAAUCAACAUAUUUUUGCAUUAGAUAUGCGGGAGUGCCAAGAGGAAGGUAUUGAUACAACACAAGUGCCAUUUGCUGAUAACAAGGAAUGUAUUGAUUUGCUUAUGGGAAAGGUUGGGGUAUUUACGCUUUUGGACGAAGAGUGUGCAGUGAGUGGUAACGAAGCGAACUAUCUUCAGAAGCUGGUGGAAAAGUUUGGACCAGCAAAGUCUAAAGGGGGAAACGCGUACUUUGUACAAGCUGCUGGAAGAGGUUCGGAUAAUCAGUUUAUCGUUAGGCAUUACGCCUCUGAUGUUCGCUAUAGCGUCGAUGGUUUCUUGGAUAAAAACCGCGAUGCAUUGAAGGAGACAAUGAAGCGGAUUUUUUCGCGAUCUGGAGUCGGGUUGAUACCAAUCAUUUUACCAAAAGAAGAAAGUAAAUUAUCGUCUAAAGGGACUGUUGGUAGUUACUUCAUUAGACAACUUGUGGAGUUGAUGUCAGUGAUACAUAGUACAAAUCCGCACUGGAUACGAUGUAUCAAGCCUAACGUCAGUCGUCAACCUCGGCAGUUUUCUAAUUCACUGGUGAUGCAACAGUUGCGCUCAUCAGGUGUAUUGGAAACGAUCAAAAUCAGGAAAUCUGGUUAUCCUAUUCGAUUCAGCUUUACAGAGUUGGCGCAGCGGUAUCGUGUUUUGUGUGGUAAUGGUUUGCAUGGUAGGGAAGCCUGCCAACAGAUUUUACAUAAUUCUCAAAUUAGCACAUUGCAAGCUCAGCUUGGAAAAAUGAAGGUAUUUAUGAAGCAUGAGGCUUUUUCCAAGCUUAAUCACGCCAGGGAGCGAUCAAUUCUCUGUUUUAGUUCUGUUCUCCAGGCUGUGGGUCGUGGAAGUCUAGCACGUGCUGCUCUUUUUCAUGAGUAUGCUGUGGUGCAUCGCCAGAGAAUUAUGGAGGAGCGAAGAAUCCGUCAAAGGGAGCUUAAACGGCAGCAGGAGCUUGAAGAAAACAGAAAAAUGGCAGCUGAGGCCAAACGUAAGCACAGGGAUUUGCUUCUUAAAGAACGACAAUAUAGGGCAGCUGUGCGCAUUCAGAAGUUGGUUCGCGGGGGACUCACUAGGAAGAGGUUCCUCACAAUGUAUCUGUCAAUCCUACGUGCGCGUGAGGAACAUGUCCGUGACGAUGAGCUUCAAAAGUAUCGUGUGUAUGAGAUGAAUGCCAAUCGAAAAAUACGUUCACUUGAGACUAGGCUCAGCGAAAAAAAUGGGGGCAAGGAGGGCUUUGUGGCCCCACAUCGUCGUGAAAUGCUUCGCGAGAGAAGGGAGCAAACAAUGCGUUUCAUUCAUGAAAGCCAGCUCCUUCAUGACGUGCAUCUGAAAGAAGCGGCUUCUCAUGAAAAGGCAAGGCGUGCUAAGGAAGCAGCUGAAAGAAAGAGUCAUAUCCAAAACAUGGGAAAAUAUGCUUCACAAGAGAAACAGCACAAAAUAAGCGUCCUUCAGCAGGAUGUGGAAAGGCGAUUUGUUGACGAAAUGCUCACAGAACUUGGAGGGUGCGUAGUGGACACGGGGAGAAAUCACCAAGAGUAUCGCAAUCCUAACAAUGCUCAGCGUUGCUGCCCCGAUUCUGUGUUUAGUACAGUACGACAGCGCUGGGAACAAAAGGAGCGAUGGGUGGACGAGCGAGAGCGACUCCUUGACCCGUUUCUUGGAUCUCAUGGCUCGCACCUGACAGCACAGCAACGUCGCCUUGAGGGCAAUUAUCGAGUUCAAACAAUUUCAAAAGCCAUGUGGAAGUCUGAUGCAGAAAAAAUUAUUCUUUCCUACAGGCAGCAGUGGGGCUCUCACCGCGACGAAAGCAGGAAGGUUGACUGA